AUGUCUGGGUUCACAAUUCAUGACGGUGAAGACCCGCCAGCUGAACCCCUGGCCCCGCAACUCCCUGUGGAGGCUGGUGAAGGCCAGACCACAGGUCCCCUACCAACCGCGACGACAUCGGCGACUCAAGAUGCUAAUCCCCGCCGUCCUCGUCCACGCUUCUCGUCUCAUGCUGGUGGCCCCUUUGCGCUGCCGCGACGUGAUUAUCCCGGCGACGUGGACAUCGACAUUGUGGACGUGAGCGGCGACGGCGACGGCGUGCCCGCUGAGGAGAAAGAAGAAACACCGCCAAGUAAGCGUGUGCAGACCAUGCCAACUCUACCAGUCCCACCGGUGUUCCGGGGCUUUACAUCGACUGACAAGCAGACGUUCAUGAAGAAGUAUGAGGCGUACUGUCGGCAGCUUUCCGCCUUGGAGACGGCAUUCUUUCGGCCUUUCCGUAUGCCUGUGGGCGCGUGUGUCGAAGAUGAGCGUCGUCGCCUUAUCGCGCUGUUUGACAUCUGCAAGCCACUCGACGACAUCACCGAGGAGGAUUGGAUCAACUACUUUUGGGAAGGGCGCAUUUCGGGUGAGCUCGAUUUUGACAAGGUAAAGGCACUUAUGAGCACCAAGCUCGCCAUGGACGUCCAGUUGGCGGAUGCAGAUUCGCGUGUCUCGAAUCUUGCGCAUGAGAUGUACCAACUCCUCGAGAAGGAGAACAUGGAGUGGAUGGUGGAGAAGGAGCCGAAGGAGAUCGUCGGCUACCUCACGGAUGCCCUGGCCCCCGAUCAAUUUCGGCGCACAGUGAAGAACGGGCUGGCCCGGGAGUCAAACAGGCCCCUCACUAAGGACGUCGUGGCGUUUAUCAAGUGGCUGCGCACCAGCUGCAAGGAGUACGUGCGCUGGGAUCCUCGAGCGAGUCCCAAGGCUUCACCUCCGGGUAAGCUGCCCGCUAAGAAACCAGGUCCGCCGCCUACCAGAGCUGCCCCGGUAAAAGCGACACCUCCGGCACGCCGCAAGCGGACCUGCCUGGAGUGUGGUAGCGAGGAACAACGAGUGAAAGAUUGUCCCCGCGCCGGUGCCGGGGAAGCAGAGCAGCUUCUGCGAGAAUGGCGGAAAAACGCGUGCCAUCAGUAG